CGUCGAACGGCGCGAAGCGCGCGACGACACGUCAUGUCACGUGUGCGUGUUACCGCCGCCGCCGCCGUUACGAUUAAAAAAAUCGAAGAGAUAAACGGAAAUUAAAUAGCGCAGGUGUCGCGCGCUUGACUCACGUAGCCACUCAGUCGCGGAAAUUGCGGCGCGGCGUAGUUCGCAACAACUUCGGGUGUGCAACAUGACGCAGGCCGUCGCCGUCUUGUCUGUGAUUCCUAGGUUAGCUUACCACCUGCGCUCGCGGCUGCCGAAUCUGCGCAUUUCGGACGUGGCGCCAGGACAAGCAGAUACUUUGGCUAAGCUUAACGCAGUAGAAAUAUUAGUGGCUGAUUGCGAUUUAUUGAUACCUUACGCAAAGGAGUUGACAUCGGUCAAGUGGAUACAGACGACAUGGGCCGGCUUAGACAAACUCAUUCCAUAUGUGCAGAACACGCCAAAAGAUUACAUACUAACUCGUUUCUCAGACGAAUCAUUCGGUCUGGCCAUGUCCGAAUACGUGAUAGCACAAAUCGUCAAUUAUGAACGUGAUCAGAGACAACAGUACGAAAAUCAAAAGCUCGCCGAGUGGAAGCAAGAAGGCAGAUUAAUAGAUCACAGACACAUACAUGAUUUAACCAUAGGUAUCUUAGGGGUAGGAACGAUAGGAAAAUCGGUGGCGGAAAAGUUAAAAUUAUUUGGCGCAACUAUCUGGGGAAUGACACGUAGCAUUCCGAAAAAAAAAUUACCAUACCUUGAUGAACACAGAACCAUGGACAGUUUAUCGGACAUCCUAGAAAAUUGCGACUACGUCAUUAACGUGUUACCCGCUACUCGGGACACAAUAGGACUUUUAAAUGGCAAUGUGUUGGAACAUUGUAAAGGCAGGAAUACAGUUUUCAUGAACGUAGGACGUGGCUCCGUUAUUAGAGAAGCGGACUUGAUAAACGCUCUUGAGCAGAAGUGGAUUUCAGCUGCUAUUCUGGAUGUGUGUGAAAAAGAACCGUUGCCAAAGGAAAGCAAGCUAUGGAGUCUUCCACAAGUAACGGUCUCACCACACAUCUCGGCUGUGACAAUCUCUCAAGAUGUUGCGAAACUAUUCGCUGAAAAUUAUGCUAGAUACGUAAACGGGAAAAAUAUGAUAAAUGUAUUUGAUUUUAAUGCAGGCUAUUAAUUUAAAGGUUUUAAUUAUAAGGGACGAAGUGCGAUGUUACGCGAUAAUCCAAAGCGUACACACAAUAAAUAUUUAUUGUUAAUGAACAUAUACAUAUAAACGUAAUAAACAUAUACAGUUCGAAAUAACCA